AUGAAUUGUGGUGGCGUCAAUUUCCCCGAUGGAACCAUCCAUCCGCCUGCACGGAGCAGCGAUGCUGACCGGACGGGCAUCUGUCAGUUGCCGCCACCCCGUGAAGGGAGGGAUGACACAAAAUCUGGUGGGACAACUGCGCCGCAAGUUAAUGCUGAGCCGUCACGUCAACACGAGGAUUGGCGACGGUCUGCGGCGGCUGACGGACCCAACACCGUUGAUCCGAGUCCCGCAUCCAACACGGCGAGCAACACAUCCGAGACGAGGUAUGACUUUGCCACCAAUCCGAACGAAAUGAUGGUCCCGAAUGCAUCCAAGAAGAGGCCUUCCUUUGCUAACGGUCCGAGAACAUUAGUGGCGUCGAAUGCAUCCGGGAUCAUGUCUGUCAUUUAUGGCGGCAGGGAACACGUUGCUGCGGAUAACACGGACAAGGCGAGUGAGCACGAAGCCACCGGACACAAUUCUCUCGUUUUAGAAAAUGGCGUUGCGGUCAGUGGAUUUGUUGCUGAGGGUGAUGCGGACGGAUUGAGUCAACGCAAUGCCUCUGGACACGAGAACAAACCCGAAUUGCGAGAAUUCACCGCGCAGUAUUCCGUAAACGAUGUGAGUCCCGACGACUGCUUUGCCCUGCACAACGACGCGAAAUUGACACUGCGAGAGUUAACUGUUGGCAGCACUGUGCGUGUGUGCGUGUAUUGUGCGUUGCUGCUUCUUCUGGGAUUGUGUGGAGUUGUGGCGGCCUUGUGA